CAUGCGGGUUUGCCGACGUGGCGGAUGGAGAGCCGACGGUAGUAUUGCCUUUCUCAUUGUAGUCACUGGGAAGAGAAAGGGUUCUGUUGUAUUUCUCGAAACAGGGACUAACUAUGAAUGUUUUCAGGUUAACAGGGGAUUUAUCCCACGUUCUAGCCAUCCUUUUAUUGCUUUGGAAGAUAUGGAAGUCACGGUCAUGUGCUGGAAUUUCUGGAAAAAGUCAGAUUAUGUUCUCACUAGUUUUCCUGACCAGAUACCUUGAUCUGUUCACAUCAUUCAUCUCACUCUACAAUACUGUCAUGAAAGUCAUUUUUAUUUCAACCUCCUUGGCAACAGUUUAUCUCAUCUAUGCUAAGUUCAAAGCCACUUAUGAUAGCAAUCAUGACACAUUCAGGGUAGAAUUCAUCGUUGUUCCUGUUGCUGGACUUGCGGUUCUUGUUAAUCAUGAACUCACCCCCAUGGAGGUUUUGUGGACAUUUUCUAUCUAUUUGGAGUCAGUUGCCAUCUUGCCCCAACUGUUCAUGAUCUCAAAAACCGGAGAAGCAGAAAGCAUUACGAGCCAUUAUUUGUUUGCCCUUGGUUCAUACAGAGCACUCUACAUCUUGAAUUGGAUCUAUCGCUAUCACUUUGAAGGAUUCUUUGAUCUCAUUGCCAUUGUUGCUGGAUGUGUACAGACUGUCUUGUACUGCGACUUUUUCUAUCUGUACAUUACCAAAGGUGGGUUAAGUAAUCAAGGGAAAAAGCUUGAAGUUGCCAGCAUAGUAUGACAGAGAUCAUUUUGGGAUGUUUUCAUUUUACCAUUUAGAGACUGUAUAUUUAUCAGGGUGCCUCACAGCUCAACUUAAUCAUAUGACUAUUUGCCUAGGCUGACAUUCUUUUUUUGUUCUCAAGCUUUGAAUGCCUAAUAGAAAUAUAUUAAGCUGAAAAAUAAGCAGUAUAAAAAUUCUUCAAAGAAAAUUAGUCCUCUUAGUCUUUCAACCUUUAUUAAACAGGUUGUCAAAAAUUUGGCAAACCUUUGAUAACACAUUUAGAGUAACUUGUUCAACUUAAGUAAUUACCCAAAAUGAAUAAGAGAAGUUUAACUCUCCUGGUGGUUUUUGAGAGUAAUAAAAUCUAACCCUUUUGGCAACUUGUAUUUACAUUUUUGUCUGUUGGUAAUUAGAUUUUUUGUGCAUA